AUGGAGACCGAAGAGCAGUCGCCGCUGCUGCGGAGAGACUCCGCCGCGUCCUCCGCCUCCGUGCCCGCCGUGCCGCGGCGCCCUUGGAGACAGCUGCUGAUGAACGGCUCGAUCCUGCUCGGGCGGGAGUUCUGCUACGCUCUGGAGGCCGCCCUCGUGCUGCCCGUGCUCAUGACUAUCGGCAUGCCCAGGGAGUUGUACAGCAUCGUGUGGCUGAUUCCGCCAGUCUUCGGGUUCAUCUUCGUCCCCCUGAUCGGCUCCGUGAGCGACCACUGCCGCUGCCGCUGGGGCCGCCGCCGCCCCUUCAUCCUGGCGUUCGGGAUCGCCAUAGUCCUGGGCUGCGCACUGUUCCUGAAUGGCGACGCUAUUGCAAACCUUCUUGCUGGAAACCACAGCCGCAGCCGUAAGAGAGCAGACCGAGAAUACGUGCACACCGCAAAGUUGGCCGUCAGCAUGUUCGGCGCCAUUUUGUUCGACUUCGCUGCAGACUCCAUUGAGAGUCCGAUCAAGGCUUACCUGUUGGAUAACUGUGUAGAGGAGGACCGGAGGAGGGGUCUGGAUAUACAGGGGGUCAUGUCAGGUACGUGA